UGACACAGUGAGCUCGAGCAAAAAGGGAGAACAGAAAAAAGAUGCUCCGGGGCUGAAAAUUUCCCAUCGCAAUCGUAGAUUAAUCAGUGAAAAAGUGUGAUAACUGCAAGAAGCUAGUGUCGAAAAUGCAUCAUGUUCAGAUGUAACGUGAGCACGCGGGUGAAAAAGUGCAGCAUCACAGUAGGCGAACCGUGCGUAGCUAGUGAAAAAAUCUCCUCUCCCUUGUCGAAUGAUCUUUUUUUGUUCUUCUGCUCCGAAGAGGAAAAAAGAGCCCAUCGUCGUCGUCGCCGUCGUCGACUGGCAGCAGCAGAAGCAGAGGCAGCAGCAGUAGUAGUAGUAGUAGAAGCAGAAGCAGAAAGCAAAGGCAGCAGCAGAAGCAGAAGCACCUCUGCUUUGCUGAAGAAAAUGUAGCCCAUUUCUGGGUGAAAAAGGGCCGAAAAGCGUGAAAAAGUGUGAAAAUUUGUGCAAGCAGAUUGGUGAAUUGAAAAAUAUGUGUAAUCUCAGUGCAGCGAAGGUGCACCAACUAGUGAACAAUUUACUGACUCCUCGCAGGCAGGAAUUCGAGGUGGAAAAAUCAAUACUAAUAUAAAAAUUAACAAUGGCGGCUGUUUAGUUCGGGGAGGAGCUUUAAAUCGAAUCCUCACAUAGAAAUACCUACACAAAACAUGGUGAUAUGAGUAACUUAAACAAAUAAUUUAAUUGAUAUUAAAAUAGCUAAAAGAAAAAAGAGAAAAGCUAACCUAAAGCAAACAAAACAAAACAAAAACAAAAAGAUAACAAGCAAGCAUCAACAAGAGACAAAAAGACACACAAACAAAUACGAAAUCCACAACACAAGAAACACCACGCGAGCAGCUUUUCAGUUUUCUCAUCUCUAAAAUGCACAGCAUGUUCAAGCCACCUAGCGAAAUUCAGCGUCAAGUCGAAAGGAUCAAACUAUUAAACAUUUCGCUCAAGUCAUUCAUUUUCUCUCGUGAUUAUUUCAACAUUCCUGCAUCAUCAUUUCUAUCAUCAACGUCGUCGUCGUCGUCGUCGUCGUCGUCGUCGUCGUCGUCAUCACAACAACAACACACAAAAGGAUAUCAUUUAGUUAGUACGGCACACUACAGUAGGAGCAAAACGUUACUGUAUAGGUUGAUUGUGCAAACUUUUUUGGCCUUGUUCUUGGUAACGAAAUGCUGUGACGCAGCUAAGCAAGAUGCUUUACAGAGCGGCACGGGGUGCACUUUUCCAAAACGAUGGGAGGGACGAUGGUUUCAAUCGGGGGUACAACAGGAAAUUACUAUAGAAGGAUCAACUUUAAGUACUAGAGGAAGAUGUAUCGCUAGCGAGGGAGAUAAAUUUUUAUUAGUGAACGAAAAAGGAUGUCAUCGAUGCGUUGUAAUAUACCAGAAGCAUUUAAACACACUUCAGUAUAAAGAAAGUGAGUGUGAAGAUAUGUAUAUAGGCCAGUUGAAUCCAGCUCCAAUGCCUAUUCAUAGCGUUUUAAAAAGUGAUCAUAGUCGGGGGGCUCAUCCCAACAUGAACGGGCAUUCACGAUUAUCGUCAUCGGAUCAGUAUUCACGAUCCAAUGAAGAUAGCGACAAUUGUAUGGGAUGCAAGGGACGCGAAACGUUACACUACCUUUGCGAGCAGAUCCCCGGCGAUGCACUACUCUUCAGUAUGUUCAAGAUCAACCCCGAGCCCAUCAAAUGUCCACUGGCGGGUUCCUUCACCUUCACCUACAACCGAGGCCAUGGGGAGUGCAAGAACCCGAUUUCGAAGAUGGACAUGUGCACGGAAGACAGCAGGCUGCUGCUGAACUUCCAGGCGUGUCCUGACGUUCCGGGUACGGAGAGCACAGUGGAAGAACUGACCUGCCUAGCGGGAUGGAAGGAUGGCAACUCUCGAUAUCUCGUAGGACUAGUUUCGCACCAUCACGCCAUCUCGAACGAGGAUCGCUAUAGGUGUUUCGUGUACGAGAAGAUCAGCGGAUCAGGAGCAGCGAAUGCCGAUGCUGAGUACAAGCUGGCCCAGUCGGGUGAUGCCACCUGCAACGGGCUGGAGAGUGCCGAGGUCGGUUCGCGUAUCAUGACCCUGAAGCGAGCUCCGAUGACGGAACGGUGCGAUUUUCCCGCGUGGUUCAAAGGCCCCCGCCAUUGGCAUGCGCUGAUGGGAAAUGCCAACUUCAUAUUCCAUCCUAGUGAUGGAUCGUUGCAUAUUGUAAAGCCAAGUGGCUACAUGGAAGCACGGGCACUGUGCGAACAGAUCAACAAGCAGACGACCACGGAGAUGAUGGCCGUCGUUCAUCACACGACUGGAUGCACUUCUGGAUACAUGUGUGUGAUGUUCUAUCGACGAGAUACUCACGUAGCUGAGCUACAAAUGGGAACACCCGCAGCUAGAUUAGAGGAUGCGUGUACGACUGACAAUUUCGACGUGCAUCGGACUCCGUUUGUUACUUUAUUAGCUAAUAACCCAGAGACACAGAUCUGUCCAAUGGAAGGAUACUACUCAAUUAAAGGUUUCCUCAUUCCUUCAUCGACGAUUUCAAGGCACAAACGAAAUCACAACAACAAAAGCCGAAUGCACCGGCAUCGGGAGGUGGUCAGCUUCCGGAACCAGGAAAGUGCGGACGGCUACUACUACAACCAGGAGAAGCGAAAAGCCUUCUCACGUAUGAGGCGGACAGCUGCGACGCAGCCUAGUGAUAAUGUCACACAAGACUUUUACAGUUUAGAAUCUACCCGAGCUCGUAGAGAAACGAUGGGAUGUAAUAUUAAUCACAAUACCAACAGACGUUUAUUCAUAGGAUGUAAUGAAAACACUGUAAUAGAAGUUAAGCCAAAAUGUAAAAACGACGAAGAGGAAACGUACACCUGCCAUGGCCACUGGCAGGAGAACCAGACGACGUUCAUCAUUGCGAAGCAUCUCAGUUCGCAGCAUGGCGUCUGCAUCAGCUACGUGCCAAUCGAGGGAAACCAGGUGCAAGUGUACGUAGGCGAUACGUGCCACCGGCCUGGGAUGCAACAGCAUCCGCAGGCCGGCAGCAAUGGCAAUGGGGCUGGGGCGGCUGCAAUGACGACGACGAUGGGCGGCGGCGGCGGCGGCGGUGGCAGCGGCGGGGGAGGUGUCUCUACCACCAUUCAUAAGACUAUGGCAAACGUUACCGUUAUAGGAAAAUGCGGCGACACGAGCACAUCGAUCACGCUACACUACCAUUACAAGGGCUGGAUGAUUCUCACUGUAAUAUCGAUACUGCUGUUUAAUUUUACUAUAAGAUGAUCACAUUGUAAAUUACAAUAAACGGCAAAGCUAAUACCGCGUCAAGCAGAGUCUGAUCGCAAAUAUUGAAUUGGAAUAAAAACGCAUCAGAGGCAAACAUAAAAAAGCUGGAUUAAAUUGGACUACAUACAAACAACACACUCACUACAACCUACAACGGUCAAACAGAAAAUGAAAACCUAUCAGAAAUAUGAUGUACAUCCCCACACUGUACAAAGUGACUAGUAGAAGACAAGAAGAAACGUAGAACCCAAAUAAACCUAUAAUUUUUUUUAUUGUUUUAUCUCUUUGGUUUCAUUUCACUCAAUAACUCCCUUCGAAGAAAAAAAAACGAACAAAUCUUCCUUUCUCGAUCGGUUUCACCUUAGUGAUGGUUUAGCGUAAGAAAGCAAAUUAUGUAUACAGAGAAAGCAAGUGAGAGCAGAAUGAGAAUUGAGCAAACUGUAAAUUGUACCAGAGUAGUAUCAUUACCGAUGGCAAAGGGCGUCCGGAUCCCCGCAGUACUCCGCGACGCCACGAGUAUCGUCAGUGCAGGCACAAAACAUACACUUCUAAAGGCCCUUUAGUCAAUAUACUCCUCUUGUAACACAAAAAUAAUCGAGAUAAAAAAAAGAAGAAGCAUAACCUCUAUUAAAUGUGAUCGUUGUGAUUGAGAAUCCUCUAAUACCUGUGCUUUUGUUGGAUAUAUCUCCCUCAUUCCUGUACGAAAAAAAAACAAAUAUUUCCCCAAAUGUUAUCUCGAG